AUGGGGCCAGCUGGUUCUGGACCACCCGGUCCACCCGGACGUCCAGGGGAAAAGGGUCCCAUGGGAGCACCUGGUCAUGGGUUGCUCGGACCCCCUGGCCCGCCCGGACCUCCUGGAAUGAAAGGACCCAUGGGACCACCUGGUUCUGGGUUUACCGGUCGCCCUGGCCCUCUAGGAUCAGUAACGAGGCCAGCUGGUCAUGGGUUUACUGGCGCUCGUGGCCCGCCCGGACCUGCAGGACCAAAGGGGUCCAUGGGGCCAGCUGGUAUGGAGUUGGGCCCUCGAGGCCCACCCGGACCUCCUGGCCCACCCGGUCCAUGUGGCCCACCAGGCUCUCCAGGACAAAAGGGGGUCAUGGGGCCAGCUGGUCGCGGGUCUCCUGGUCGUCGUGGCCCUCCAGGAUGUCAGGGUGAAAAGGGGGAAAUGGGGCCAGCUGGCCAUGGGUUUACCGGUCCUCCUGGACGUCUGGGACAAAAGGGGCCCACUGGACCAGCUGGCCCUGCGUUUCCUGGCCCUCCUGGCCCACCCGGACGUCAAGGCAAACAGGGGCCCAUUGGACCAGCUGGUUCUGGGGUUCCUGGCCCUCCUGGUCCGCCCGGACUUCCGGGACAACAGGGGCCCACUGGACCAGCUGGUCCUGAAGGGGUUCCUGGCCCACCUGGACCUCCCGGUAUGGAUAGCCGCAUGGCACCAGCUGGUCCUGGAUUUGUCGGACCACCAGGACACCCUCCAACAUCCAGACAGAGCGCAGGGCCUUGUCCAUCUGAUUAUACCGAGCGGCGUGGAAUCUGCUAUAAGGCGUUCGUCACGCUCAAGAUCUUCCGCGACUCGGUCAAGGCCUGUCUGCGAGAUGGCGGCACCCUUGCCAUGCCCCAAGACCGUGAGACCAACCGCUUCCUCAUCGAUCUCAAGAACACCGUGAAGAACGGCCUGCACUACUGGAUCGGCUUGAGCGAUCGGCGCAAAGAAGGGCGCUUUGAGUGGGUUGAUGGCACCCCUCUCCGCUAUCGACACUUCAAGUCGUGGGCUCCGAAAGAACCAAACGACGCUUUCGGCCGCGAGGACUGCGUGCACUAUGGCGCCUACUCGAAGCCGGACUUCACAGACAAGUGGAACGACGCAUCCUGCACAGACGAAAUGGGUUUCAUAUGCCAAGUCACUGCAGGAACCCGCAAACACGCCACUGAGGGGUGA